AUGCACGCGAACAAGAAGGACAAUAAAGGUCUUUAUCCAAUUGAAGAAGACCUUAACUUCACUGGGAGUGUAGAAGACGCCUGGGGCAAUCUAUUGAUGGCUAUUACUAACAAAGACGCGAUAGACUUCAAUGACGUCUACUGCAGACGAAAUGUGACAUUCAUUAUUACACUACCGGAUGUUAACCUGACCGCAAAAAAGCUGCACAAAAUCAAACUACAAACAUUUGAUUGCUCAGAGGAAACCUUAAUUAUGGCCGCGAAAGGCCAAAUAAUGCGGAAUCAGAAACUCUGCCGGUCCGAGGAUGUUGCUGCCCGAGAAAAACUACAAGGUGAAGAGAACUACAAACACUUCCUUCGCCAGACUACCUGCACCAUCAUAAAACAGAAUGUCACGUGGACACGUGGCGCAGAGUUUAAUUUCUCGGUAGACGGUGAGGAUGACACAAUCUAUCUGGUGCAGUGCACCCUCUUUGACUGCACUUGGAGCUUCAAAGUAAUCAAAAAAUUAACCCCACAGCAGAUCAAAACUGGUUGUGAAUUUGACAGCCUGGAGCGCUGGAUUCGUGCUCGCAUGCUUGUUGUUGGUUUGCCGACACACCAGAGCACAGGUGAACUAAGGCGUCACGACUGGCGGCACGUCCUGAAGCAGACUUACCUGGUGAAGAGCUGCACCCUCUCCAACCAACAUUAUACAAAAGCCUCCCGACCUCGCUGUGGGGGACCGCCCCGCCCGGCUCGUGAAAUACUACCCAUCCCUAAGCCAGUUUUUAUCCUUGGCGGUGUCUUAAGUGGCUGCUUUCUCUUCUUUACGGAAGAAUUAAAAGCUCUUAUUAACAAGGCUGGGCACAACAGUUACGCCGACGACCCCCAAGUCCUUCUUGCAUACACGGUCUUUUUAGAAGAGUAUACGGAAGAGAAGCAUGAGCGCCUAAAAAGAUUUGUGUCUGCCUACUUAGAGUGCAGACAGGGAUUUAAGAGUUGUCCUGAAAAUGCAAAAUCUGAGCGUCUGUUCGAAAGAAUUCAAAUGCAUCCUAAGAAUGCAGCUCCUGAGAAUGUGGAUCGCAAGAUCCAGAAAGCUAUGAAAUCACAAAAACCCGACGUAAUCGCACUUUAUCUUUUCGCCGUUGGAUAUGCUGAAUUUCAGCAGGGCCCAGGUUCACACGGGGACAUCGGUGGCGUUUCCGUUAUCUGA